AUGGAGACGCACAGCAAUCUAAAGACAUGGAUAUCGGAUAAUUUAAUGGCCUUGCUCGGAUAUUCUAACAUCGUAGUUGUUCAGUUCAUUAUUCGGCUAACUAAUGUAGCAACAUCACCGGCUGGUGUGGUGGACAAGCUUCUUGAUUUUGGGUUUUCCUCAUCGAGUGAAAUCGGCCCUUUUUCUAAAGAAAUCUUCACAAGAGUGCACCGUGAAGCAUCAGAGAGGGAAAUUGCUAGUUUGGUGAGGAAGCUGCAGAGAACAUAUGAUCACUUGGAUGCAGAUACCGAUGAUUAUUAUGAGUCCAUGAAAUCGUAUUCAAAAAAGAGAUGGUACAGGAAGAGGGUGUCGAGUGAAGAAGAUGAAGAUGAAGAAAUGGAAGAAGAGAGACGGGUUAAAAGACGAACUUGGUCAGAUGAAUGCCAAGAUAGUUCAGACUCGGAAGAAGAAAGAUUGCGUGAUCAAAGGGAGAGGGAGGAAUUGGAGAGAAAUAUAAGGGAAAGGGAAAGGGAUGCAGCAGCAGCCACAAGAAAGCUAACAAAGGAAAGGUUAAAACAAAGGGAGGCAGAGGAGGCUUUUUUUAGAACCAAUGCUGAUGUUGAAGCUUUGAGAAAAGUUUCGAGACAAGUAUAUUUAAAGAAACUGAAGGAGAUCAUAGAUGAUUUAGAAGAUAUGAACUACUUAUUUGAAGGUGUGAAGCUAACGGAAGCAGAAGACAAUGAAUUAAGGGCAUGUUUACGUAUCAGUAAUGGAGAAACUAAGGAAUCGGAGAAUUUAGGAAUCGGAGAACUACUGAAUCGGUAUGGGAAGAAUCAUUCCCAUUAA